AUGGUUCGGCUUCAUCCCCUCCUGCUCGCCGGGCUAGCCAUUGUCGCAUCUGCCACUCCGAACACAACCGCUCCCUUUGAAAAACGUUGCCGCAGUCUGCCCUCCACUCUGAAUGUCCCCAAUGUGAACUCGACUACUUCGGAGUUUGUCACGGCCGGCACGACGUUGAACUUCCCCAACGCCGACUCCAGCUGCAGCCGCCCCUCUCAGCACGUCACCGUCGACCUCUGCCGUGUUACCAUGCAAGUUGCCACUUCCGCCAGAUCUGGCAUCGAGAUGGAGGCUUGGCUCCCAGUAAAUUGGUCGGGAAGGUUCCUGAGCACUGGCAACGGUGGUCUCGGCGGCUGUAUUCAAUUUGAAGAUAUUCAGUACGCAGCCUCACUGGGCUUUGCGGCCGUGGGCACAAACAACGGCCACGACGGUGCGACAGGAAAGUCAUUCCUCCACAACCCCGACGUCAUCGAGGAUUUUGCCUACCGUGCCUUGCAUACGGGAGUAGUUGUCGGCAAAGAAAUCUCCAAGGCUUUCUACGGAAAACAACACGACAAGAGUUAUUACCUCGGUUGCUCAACAGGAGGCCGCCAGGGCUUCAAAGAGGCCCAGAGUUUCCCUCAAGACUUCGACGGAAUUGUCGCAGGAGCCCCCGCAAUCUCUUUUAAUAACCUCACAUCGUGGAGCUCCUAUUUCUACCCCCUGACCGGCCCGCCCACCGCCGACACGUUCGUUCCCUUUGCAGUAUGGCCCCUCAUCUCUCAGGACAUUCUCCGCCAGUGUGAUCACCUGGACGGCGCUGUUGAUGGUAUCUUGGAGUCGCCUGACUUGUGCGACUACGACCCUUCGGGGCUCAUCUGUUCAGAAGGUCAAAACAGUUCGACCUGUCUGACGGAGACACAGGCCAAGACCGUGCGCAGCAUAUAUUCCCCCCUCUUAGAUGGAGAAGGCAACUUUGUUUACCACCGCAUGCAACCAGGUGGUGAGUCCACGGGCGCUGUCGAAUCAAUGUUCAAUGGGCAGGCUUUUGGUGCCUCUGACUGGUGGCGCUAUGCCAUCUUUAACAACUCCAACUGGAACCCUCUGACUCUCAGCAAAAAUGAUUUUGCGCUGUCCUCCACUCUCAACUUAUUCAACAUUGAUACGUGGGAGGGCGAUCUCUCCGCGUUCCAAGAUAGGGGUGGCAAGGUGCUCCACUAUCACGGCCAGGCGGACGGCAUUAUAACCAGCGAAAACUCACCCAGGUACUACAAGCACGUCUCCCAGACGAUGGGCUUAGCGCCUGAAGAGCUGGACGACUUCUACCGCUUCUUCCGUAUUUCUGGCAUGCAACACUGCAGCGGGGGUCCGGGCGCAAGUGUUAUUGGUAACGGGGGAUUCUCACCAGCGGCCAGUCUAGAUCCCGAGGAGAACGUAUUGAUGGCUAUGGUGCGCUGGGUCGAAGAGGGCAUUGCUCCAGACUACAUUAUCGGCACAGCCUGGGUGAACCAAACACAGAGCAAUGGGGUGGAUUAUAAGCGCCGACACUGCCGUUGGCCUUCGCGUAACGUUUACCAGGGUCCUGGCAGCUACAAGGAUAUGGACAGCUGGGCAUGUAUCGUGUAAGAAGAGCCAUGGCUUCCUCCUUUCGCCGACGAGGAAGUGUCCUUCUGCAAUCCUUUCAG